AUGAGCAACCUCUUCACCACCACGACAUUCCCCUUGAAUCUUGACAAGUUGCCCAGCACAAUGACGUCCGACGACAAGAUGCGCGCCUGGAUACACAAGCACAAGAACCUCCCACUGGAACGGGGCCUAGUUCUGGACCAAGACCACCCGAAACCCCCAAAAGCCCUCAAACCGACGCAGAUCCUCGUGCGCGUCAGGGCCGUCGGCAUCAACCCGGCAGACCCCCUCUUCGCGGAAAUGACGGGGCUGCCGGGAACAGCCUUCAUCAAGCCGACACCGCUGCCAGGCUUGGACUACAGCGGCGAGGUCGCGGCAACAGGCAGCGCCGUCUCCGUCCUCCGCGCCGGCGACCGUGUCUUCGGCCGGGUCGACACGCAGAAGAGCAUCCCCGGGACCAUGGCCGAGUUCACCGUGUCGGAGCUGGAGGGCUGCGUCGCCAUGCCGCCCAACGUCACCUUCGAACAGGCGGCGGGCGUGGGCACGGCAGCCAUGACGGCAUACGAGAGCAUCGUGCUCAACAGCAAGGCCGGCGACGCCGUGUUCAUCAACGGCGGGACGGGCGGCGUGGGAACGUACGGCAUUCAGUUUGCCAAGGCGCACGGGCUGCGCGUCACCGUGUCGGCGUCGACGGCCAAGGUUGCGCUGUGCGCCGAGCUCGGCGCCGACGAGGUCAUUGACUACCGGACGCAGGAUCUCGUGGCGGCGCUCAAGGCCAAGGGCCAGGUGUUUGACCUCGUCGCGGACUUUGCGUACCGCGAGGAGGCCGCUCUGUACCGCGCCGCAAACGACUUUAUCAAGAAGGGUGGCAAGUACGUCAUGGUGCCCGGCCAGGUCGACGGCAGCACGAUGCGCACCAUAGCCAAGAACUCGGCGUGCCCGAGCAUGUUGGGCGGAGGGAAGGCCAAGUUUGAGGCGUACUUUGCAAAGAGCAACCGGGCGGGCUUCGAGCAGAUUGCCGAGUGGAUGGCGAACGGCCAGGUCAGGACAGUGGUGGAUUCUGUGUUUACGUUUGAGGACAUGCCCAAGGCUGUGGCCAGGGUCAAGUCAGGAUCGUCGACGGGAAAGGUCAUAGUCACAGUUUGA